AUGCCAAUAUUGGAUCUUGGUUACAGUUUAGAAGAACUGAUGUUUCCCGAGAAUUAUCAUGAAUAUUAUCUCUAUAAAUUAUCACCCUCAUUAGUGAAUCAUGUACCAGUAUCACCUCAACCAAGUUUUUCAUUUGAAGGUAUGAACUCAAAUUAUGAAACUCGUACAUUAUUUCAUGGGCAAAAGAUCGAAAAUCUCGAAUGGCAAUCGUCAAAACAAACAAAACAUGAUGCGACGUCAGAUGAUAAUACUGCUGCUGUUAGUUCACAAUUGGCAAAUUUUUUAGCCGGUUGUAAUUCUUGUUACACAAGUCAAGUUAAAUCGUUGGAGUCAAAUGAAACAAUUACAGCAUUUUUAUUUCCAAGCUUGUCAAUAAAGGUUUCUCAUGAUAGUUGGCCGUCAGAUUUACCGCUAACAAUACUUCCGUUAAAUGUGGAGCAGCGUUCAUUGAAUUCAAAUCAUCAACUUCCGCCAUCCUCAACAUCAACAAAACAUUCAUCUUCUACUAAUAAUGCAAAUCGUACAAAGUCAUCAAUAAGUACAAGUAGUAGUACUAGUAAUGAUCAUUUAAGUGUUAGUCCAUGUUCAAGUCAAACAAGUUUUCAAGAUAUAUCAACACAUAAAUCAAAAGAUGAUUGUGAAACCAACAGUAAUAGACGUCGAAGAAAACGAACAAUAUUUACGUCAGCUGAUAUUGAAUCAUUAAAAGAAGCAUUUAUUCUCAAUCCAAAACCAAGUCAACAGGAUAUUUUGGCGUUGUCUGAAUUACUUGGUCAUGAUGCCUAUGUUAUUCGUGUAUGGUUCUACAACAAACGGCAAGCAACAAAGAAACGUUCAUCGACGAGUUUAGCAGGUAGUAGUAUAGUCGAUGAUAAUCUAACAUUUGAUUUAUAG